AUGGGUUGCUAUACGACGUUGCAGACGUUCAGCGAUCAGGAUGCACAAGGAGCUGCCGUCGCGUACGACGCAGAUUCUAAUGCAAAGGACUCUUCUGAUGCUGCUAGCAAUGUUAAGGGUGGAAAGCUUGUCGUUAAUCGCGUGGACAAUGUAUCUGGCAGCUCUGCGGGUGCCGGUAGCGGCGAGUUCCACACGUACCGCGCUGCCAGGAGACGGGAAAUGGAUCGCAUUGCGAGUAUGGAACAGCAGUACAAGGAUAAUAAGGCACAGCAAGAAUUUGAGGACAAGCGCAAGCGUAAGGCUGAGAUAUUCGAAGCCAAAAUGCAAAAGCGCACGGAAAAGCGACGCCGUCGAAAGGAGCGGGCCAAGGCAAAGACUUCUGAGAUAGAGUCGGUGGUAAAUACUGUAUUAAGCAAAGAGAAGAUGCUCGAAACGCCAGGAGGAGUCCCGGAGAUUCCCAAUGAUGGAAGUUUUCUGGAAACGAUGCUCGCACUGCAAAAAGAAAGGAAGAAAGAGGAGAAAAAAUAA